UAGAACAUACCCUUAAUUAAUUAUUUGUAAAUGGAGCAAAUAAUUUAAGUGAUAGUUAUAGAGCAGAGUGUGGCAUGUCAGCUACAUAAAUACGGACACAUGGUGUAGGGUUGUCAUAUGGAUUACUGUAUGAAUUAGUCAUUUAUUUCAAAAAGACAAAUAAAUUUUGUAGGCAAGGUAGUUUUAUGAGUCAUCUCAAAGUGUAAUGAGUUUGUACUUUUUUUUUUUUUUUUUUUUUUUUGAGGGAAAAUGAGUUUGUACUAUAUAAUGUCUUGUCUAUUGAAAAAAUCUGCAUAUAAUCACCAAUAUAUGUGGCCUUUACCCUUUGAAAUUGGACAAGCCAUUUUGACGUUAUUUUAGUUGUUUUCAUGCAUAGUACAAGACUACAAGUUAGUUCUUUACACUUUUUGUAUUAUUUUGAACAGGGAAGUUCUGGUGGACAAGUAUCAUUAUCCUCCUUUGCUAUCAUACUUAGAAGUGUUGCCGCCGAAUUUUCCGGUCAAUGUUGCUACCCUACUCAGUAAUAUGAAUGGUGAAGGUUCCUUGUUCCGGUCGCCCUCAGCCACUGCUGCUGCAUAUAUGGCCACCCGAAACACGCAAAUGUUGUCCUACCUCUGUCACCUCGUAGAUAAUAAUUGUAAUGGUGGAGUUCCUUCAUUAUAUCCUAUCGACGAGGACUACAUACCGAUCUACAUGGUCAAUCAAUUGCAAAGACUAGGACUCUCAACGCGUUUCCCUAAUAUUAUCAAUGACAUGUUAGAACACAUCCAUAGGGAAUAUAAUGCACAUAAACCAUCAGAAUUAUGUGGUUUAAUACCAGAAAAUAUUUACAAGAGCUCCUUGGCUUUUCAACUUCUUCGGUUUCAUGGAUAUAAAGUUUCUGCAAGGAAGUUUUGUUGGUUCCUUAAUGAUGAAUAUGCUCUGAAAUAUAUUGAAGAGAAUCAUGAAAAGUUUACGAGCAUCCUUUACAAUCUUUAUAGAGCAACAUAUCUUAUGUUUGAAUCGGAGGAUGAGCUGCAAAAAUUGAGAUCAUUUUCAAGAAAGUUGCUAGCAAAAUCUAGCUUGAUCAGUCAAAAUGUAGAUGAUAAUAUUAUGUUGUGGCCGUCUCUUCAUGAAAAGAUUAAGUGCGAACUUGCUACUCCUUGGCUGGCUAGAAUGGAUCAUUUGGAGCAUAGAGAGUGGAUUGAAUCAGCAAACAAAGGCAAUCCACUUUGGUUAGGAAAAUCCUCAUAUUUUAGAAUACCAUGUCUAGAUGAUGGGGAAUUGAUUCAGCUUGCAAAAGAGAACUAUGAGCUUCGACAAAAGGUUUAUCAGAAAGAAUUAGGAGAGCUCAUAAGGUGGUCCAAGAUUUGCGGUCUUAUGGAUAUGGGCUUUGCUCGAGAGAAAACUACUUAUUGCUAUUUUGCAGUUGCUUCGGCUACUUCCCUUCCCUAUGAUUCUUAUGUUCGACUUAUUGUGGCAAAGAGUGCCGUGCUUGUAACCAUUUUCGACGACUAUUUCGACAUGGUAGGAUCACUUGAUGAACUGCAAAUCCUUGCAAACGCAGUGAAAAGAUGGAAUAUCAAAGGCUUAAAAAGUCAUGGCAAGAUCCUUUUUGAUGCACUCGAUAGUUUUGUGACUGAGGUAGCAAACAAGUACUUUGAUCAAUAUGGAAUCGACAUAGUAGAUAAUCUUCAAAAAAUUUGGUAUGAGGUGGUUGAUUCAUGGCUAACAGAAGCAACAUGGAGCAAAACAGGGCACAUUCCGCCGAUGGCUUCCUAUUUGGAAACCGGCAUGAUAUCAAUAGCUGCGCACAUAUUAGUGCUUCAAGCUUCAUGCUUUCUUACACCGAGCUUAUCCCCUCACAAACUUAAUCCUUUUGAACAUGAAUACAUUACUAAACUCCUUAUGAUAUCAUGUCGUUUAUUGAAUGACUUGCAAAGCUACGAGAAAGAGGUUAAGGAUGGCAAGAUCAACUCCGUACAUAUAUACAUGAAAGAAAAUCCAGAAGCCAAUAUCGAAGAUGCAAUUCAUUACGUCGAAAACCUACUUGAAGAAACCAAAAUGAAGUUGCUAGAACUAGCAUUGAUGGAUGGAAAUGAUGUUGAAGAUUUGCCAAAGCCUUGCAAGAGGCUACACUUAACAGCCCUUAAAGUCUUUCAAAUGUUCUUCAACUCGGCCAACCAUUUCGACUCUAAGGAUUCCUUGUUAAAUGAUAUCAACAAGGCAAUCUUUAUUCCAUUGGAACCUCACACUUCUCUUCAUCAUUCAGAGCCUCAACCUCUACUUCCCCCUCCAAAGAAGCCGCGAUUAGUGAUCAAUUCGUAUAACAAAGUCUCGAUGAAGUACCAUGGCCCGUGGAAACCAAAUCAUCGAUUUCAUUGUACUUUCCCUGCAAUAUCAACUGGAAGUCGUCGGAUGGUGCCUUUGAUGAAGGUUUAUUCAUCAAAGUUCAACUUCUUUGUCACCCAUUAGAGCUGGAGUAUAAGGAGAAAAUUCAGCAUUAAAGCUGAUUGUAUAUAAUAUAUAUACCACUACAACACUGGGGUCUUAUAUAUAACAGUUUUUAUAAGAAUGGAAGUAGACAUAAUUUACACAAACACUAAAUUUUCUCCUUAUUAAUUUGUGUAAAUGUCUACUUGAUAACAAUUGUUUGUAUUGUACUGUGGUGCCUUCACUCUAAAGUUCUACUUGUAUAUAUAGUGUGAUGUAUCUUAUC